CGUGUUUGACUUAACGCUUUCACGCAUAUCCUUCCACUUUAUUGCGGAUGCAUUAACACGUAGCUAGGUAACAUCUGUAACUGCUUGUUUAUAGAGUUCCGCGCGGAAAGAAUGACCGUGUGAGCUAACACGGCAAGGGAACACGCGCGGGGAUUUGUGCAAGUAGGUUUUUAAGGGAUGGAGCAAGAAUUUGCAGUAUGAAGGGGGGAGAAGGAUUAUUGGCUGUAAUUGUCCAGAUAGAGAAAGUGUUCCAGUGUGUGCGUGCACCGGCCAGCCGAAGAGGGCUCGGGUUUGGGGAGGGGGGGAUUAAGGCUGGGUUAGGGGGAGGGAGCUGCAUGGAUGACUCAUACUGUAUCUGCUGACACUUUGUGUGGACACAGCAUUAGAUAUAAUGAUGUUUUCGUGAUGAGAAGCGGUUGAGAAAAUGUCCCCCCAAAACCACAUGUCCCGACAUUUGUGGCCUCAACCUCAGCUCAGCCACGGUGUAAUACUGAGGCGAUGUGGUAGCAGUUGAGUUCAGCGUUGACACGUCAAACACACAGAAAGGCCACAUAAUAAAGUGAGAAUUUGUUGCUACACGCACAGGUUGCACGGCUGUGAUUAGCUCGUCCCGUAAACUUUUAUUCUUCUUAAUGCAGGCCUGUCACGAACACUCGAAUUAUCCCUGACACUUGUUAACGCCCUCUUUACCACCACAACUCCACCAUUGUUGUGAGAAGACUGCUGCACGCGCACUCAUACGCACACGCGCGUGCGCGCGCACUCCCCAGUCAUAACUGAAUGACGGCAGGUCGCUAUGGAAACUGCGUUACGCUCCAGGCGGCCGAAGGAGAAACAAGAGCGCGAGGACUCGUUUCAUUCUUCAUUUCAGCACCACGCGCCUCCCGGACAGCGCCCGAAUGAACUCGCGCGCAGAUUCUGGCAACGCAUGCCUUAUAAGGGACCCAGCCGCGUCAGCAUCGAGUCUAAACGGAGCGGGCAGGGACUUCAAAAGAAAAAACAAAGCCAGUAGAAAACACGAACUCUCCGGACCUGUAGCUCGGUGGAUACCCGCUGUUUCAUCCCGCUGACAAGUCGGGAGCCGCUCGCUCCCUCAGAUGCCUCAGCAACAGGGCAGCAGCAUGUCUGAAAAGAAAUCCAGUCAGCGAUUUCACAGCCUGAACGCUGAGCAGGUGGAGGUUCUCCAUCAGGUUCUUUCAGAGGUGGUUCCAAUCCACGGCCGUGGGAAUUUUCCCACGCUGGAGCUGCGUCCUCGUGACAUCAUCAUUGCCGUGCGGGCCAGGCUGCAGAAGCAGGGAAUCACAGUUAGAGAUGUUCGUCUGAACGGCUCCACGGCCAGCCACGUCCUUGUCCGAGACAACGGAACAAGCUACAAGGACUUGGACAUCAUCUUUGGAGUGGAGUUGCCCACUCAAGAGGAGUUCCAGGUGAUCAAAGAGUCAGUGCUGGGCUGCUUGCUGGACUUUCUGCCUGCUGCGGUCAACAGGGAACGGAUCAGCAACGCCACAAUGAAAGAGGCCUAUGUCCAGAAAAUGGUAAAAGUCUUCAACGAACAUGACCGCUGGAGCCUCAUCUCCCUCUCAAACAACAGUGGCAAAAACCUGGAGCUCAAAUUUGUGAGUGCACUCAGGCGGCAAUUUGAGUUCAGCGUAGACUCCUUCCAGAUCAUUCUGGAUCGUCUUCUAGAGUCUUACAUGCAGCAGGACUCGCAGCGCAAAGUGAAUAAGGCGUCUGACUCAGUUCCUGCUGUCGAGGUCCUGGCGGAGAGCAUGUAUGGUGACUUUGAGGCAGCCAUGGACCACCUGCGCUACCGCCUGAUUGCUACCAGGAACCCCGAAGAGAUUCGAGGUGGUGGCUUGUUGAAAUACAGCAACCUGUUGGUGCGAGACUACCGACCAGCCAGCGAGACUCAGAUAAAGACACUGGAGCGCUACAUGUGCUCACGCUUUUUUAUUGAUUUCCCUGACGUGCAGGAACAGCAGCGAAAGAUCCUGUCCUACUUGAAGAACCAUUUUAUCGGCGAGGAGAGAAGCAAGUACCAGUACUUGAUGACGUUGCGUCGUGUGGUAGAUGACAGCACAGUGUGUCUGAUGGGACACGAAAGGCGUCAAACACUGAAUAUGAUCACAGUGCUGGCACUGAAGGUUCUGGGAGAGCAGAACAUAAUACCCAACACAGACCAUGUGACGUGCUUCUACCAGCCUGCCCCGUACCUUGCUGAGCACACUGCCCCCUAUCUAGCAGAACCCAGCUACUGCAGCUACUACAUACCCCAAGGGGGAUCAGCUCUGCUGUACCAACCUUACCCCUUACACCUGCACCCGCAAACUGGACUUGUGUAAAACAUGCAUGGAUAUACAUGUCAUUAUACAAAAUACACAGUUGGGCUAGGGGAUGGAGCUUGCCCCGAAGAAAAAGCUUGAGAAUGGAAAUAUAAUCCAGGGAUAAACUGUUUGGUCUAUAAUAGACCUAUGGGGGUGGGAUUGAGUGGGUUUUUACGCUAAACUCCCUAAGUACUCUGUAAGGUUCUAACAUGAUUAUAUGUAAUUAUCUGGGCUUUGUGGAAAAUAAUAAUUCUUCCGAUAUUGUUAAAAAUUCCAGAAAAUGCUGUAUGCACUACAUGAGUCAUAGGCCUUUGGUCUCCCUGGGAAACCAAAUGUGCUGUUGACAUUCACGUACACACACACACACACACACACACACACACACACACACACACACACACACACACACACACACACACACACACACACACACACACACACACACACUUCCAGGGUCUUAAAUUCUUGUAAACUCUUUUCAUGUUCUUACUGUGUUGUUCUUAAUGGGUUUGUUCAGAAUGUGGACCUUGCCUGUGGUUGAUAUUGUGCAUGGAUAAAUUAGGACUGUUCACUGCCAAAUACUGUGUGACUACUAUGCUUCUUAAACAGUUUAAUGUAACUUUGUUAUUCCUUUACCGAAGGAGGUGUAUUCCAAAAAAAGGACAGAGGGAUAAGUCUACUAGUGUGUACAGUAUUUUUAUCAAAACACUCUCAUACAUAUAGACACACAUACAUAAAGAGAUACAAGGUAACGCAUAUUACUGUAUACACACAAAGUUAGACAAUGCAUGAGUAGCUUAAAAGGUCACAUCCUACAAUCAAAACAAGGCUUUUAAUUUAUUAAAAAUUGAUCUAUUUUUGCAAGACUUUCCAAGAUUAUACUCAGUGGUCAAAAGACUGAUUAGUUCUUACAAAAAAAAGUCUAACAACAUUGCCUUUGGAAUAGACUGUACAGCGUAUUGAUUACAGUAUAUCGUGUGAAAAUACACUGCAUUGUUUUCAGGUAAACUGUGUUAAGAUGUGCUGCUUGAUUCCUUUCUGUUGUGGAGUCUUUUCUGUAAUCAUGUGAAGUAUUGUAUCAUCUGGUGUUAAUUUAAUUAAUACUGCGGUUUACUCUAUGGAGGCGGUCAGGUUAAAACCAUCUUUGGGUCAUCUCUAAACCUGGCAGAUGCAGCUCUGUCUAAACCGAUUUGCUUUUAAACUCAUGCGACUCCUCUCAGCGUAAAUCGGCUUCGGCCAAUUCGCAGCAGAACCCACGUGAAUCAAGUUUGGAUCCACCUCAAACCUGUUUGAAUCUCAGUUUGAAACAGCAACAGCAACUAUGACCAAAGAUGGUUCGGUAGGGAAAUCAAGUGCCUAAAUGUGAGACAUCAUUGGCAUGUCUUUAUCUCACUGCACUGGGGAUGUUAAUGGGGUGGGCCUGGGGCUGGGUUGGGUGUUUGUUCAGUUGUUGACCCCUGUUAUUGCUGCCCAUUUUGAUGUCUUCUUUAAUGUAGUCCUGUUGUAGUUUCUGUAUGUACAUUUUGAUAAAAUAAAGGGGAGACUCGACAAACCUU